GUUUGUUCGAGCGAGGACCGACGCGGAAAAAUGGCGUCGCAUGAAAUCAUUUCUUAUUGUUUUCCCGCUGCCAGUUGUUUCGAACGUGUACAACCCUAGGUACUGCAAAGCUGGGCAGCCGACGCCGGUAUUCUCUGUAUUCGGUGCUACAAAUAAAUGAAAUAGUUACCACUGCUGACUUAUAGCUUAAUUUAUUCAGAAGAUAGUGGAACAAGUACCUACAAGCAUGAGAUUUUCGUGGACACUAGGCUUGAGCGGGGUAUUUUUGGCCUACAUUCUGCACUCCAUGUGGACACUGUACACAUUGUACUACCCAAAGCGCUGUGCUAAAAACGAGAUUUGCAUCAGACCUACAUGGAGCAGUGAAUCACGAUUUCAAUUCUUUUUCUGUGUAACAACGGCAAAACCUGUCAGAAGAGCAAGUGAUUUACAUGUAGUGUGGUCUGAAGAUGAGUUUGACAUUUCUGAACUUCAAGAAAGAGACAUCAAUCUGACGCUCCCACGCAAGACUUUAAGGAAUGGAACAUUGGAUGCUUAUGUGUUGCUGUUGGAGCGCAAAAAAAGGGAGUCUGUGAAGUCACUAGAACAAGUGAUGAGUGCCUCAACUGUCAGCAUAAGUAGCAACCCUCUUACUCGCUACUUGGUUCCGACUGAAGAGGAGAUCCAGCUCAUCAAAUCCUUCAAGUCUAAUACACCACCAACACCGCCUUCUGCUGAAGCACUCGAAAGUAAACCAGUUACCCACUGGAACCCACGGGUUGAAGUGAACAUACUGAGUGACCCAUUCCCCAUCAAAGCCAACCAGAUUCCUGGUGAGAUAGCCCACUUGCUUCAACUGAACUCUCGACGAGAAUAUGUGCCUAUAGUCCACUUGACUGAUGUCACAGCAAGGGAGAAAGAUUUCAUACUGGUAAAAAAGACAAAUCCUGAAGUACCAUUGAAGGUAGUAGUUAGCCCAGUGUCCAUUGGUCGACUUCGGCUCAUGAUCACCGUUAGUGAAGCUCUCAAGUCCAUGCAUGCUUUUGGUCUGACAACCAAAGACACAGAUGAAGUGAAAAGCAUCUUUUUUGACACCAACUUUUAUGUUCUGCUCAUGACACUCCUGGUGUCUGGCUUUCAUUUGCUGUUUGAUUUCUUGGCCUUCAAAAAUGACGUCAAUUUUUGGCGUGGGCGGAAGACCUUUGAAGGCCUUUCUGUGAAGGCUGUGCUAUGGCGGGGUUUUAGUCAGGUUAUCGUUUUCUUCUAUCUUCUUGAUGAAGACACUAGCCGCAUUGUACUUGUCACAAGUGCCGUUGGAGCAGUCAUUGAGGUCUGGAAAGUGACCAAGGCUUUUAAGAUGACAGUGCAGUGGACGAGCUGGAGACCUCAAAUUGAGUUUGGUGCUGUAAGUGCUGAAGAAACAAAGACCCAAAAGCUAGAUUCUCAGGGCAUGAGGUACCUAUCCUACUUGCUCUACCCACUCUGCAUUUGGGGGGCAAUAUACUCCCUUUUGUACCAGUCAUAUAGAAGCUGGUACUCCUGGUGCAUUCAUAGUCUCGCCAAUGGAGUAUAUGCCUUUGGGUUUUUGUUCAUGCUGCCCCAACUAUUUCUCAACUAUAAGCUGAAGUCUGUGGCCCAUUUGCCCUGGAAGGUGUUCAUGUAUAAGGCAUUUAAUACUUUCAUUGAUGACCUGUUUGCAUUCCUCAUUACAAUGCCAACAGCUCAUAGGGUGGCUUGCUUCAGAGAUGAUGCAGUAUUCCUAGUCUAUUUAUACCAGAGAUGGUUGUAUCCUGUGGAUAAGAGCCGUGUGAAUGAAUUUGGGGAAAGCUUUGACAAAUCACCAGAGAAGCCGAAAAAGGAAUGAGCCAUCUUGCAUUCACUGCGCAUGGACCACAGCCUGCAAAAUAGUCCAUGGGCCUGUCCAAAACCCUUUAUUGUGUUCUCUGACAUCAAGGGACACUCCACAUUCCAUUUCUCUGAGGCCAGAACACCUUUUUAUUGCAAUGUGUUCACUCUACUUUCAAGCUGGACCUUAACAAUGAUUUUACCUUUGAAAAUGUCAUGUGUGGUAGGUUUGCAAAAAACAUGUUGGCUGAAAGUUUCACUAUCACAUUUGGAAGACUGGCCAAAAAGCUUCAAUAAUAUUUGUGGUAUUUGGACGUACCUAACCAGUGCCGUACUUUGGUACUUCAUUGAAAACAAAUUAGUAUUUCUUUUUCUUCAUAGACAUAGUGCUUUGUGAGCAGGAAAGUGAAGAAUGUGUCAUGCAGGCAUAGCAUGCUGCAAGUGCACUAUAGUUUUGUUUUGGUAUCUUUGAAUACCUUGAUACUGUAUUCUAGCAAAAAAAAAAAAGAAGGUGAGAGAUCUUGUUGGUGUCAGCGUGAUCAGCGCAUGCCAUAUGCACACUCAGUAGAUUUAAAAUACUCUCUCUCAUUAUAGAAUGAAAACAGCAUGGUUUAUUUUAAUGUUGCUAGAGAAAAAUAAACUGUUUUAACUCAUGCAGAAUUAAAAAGAGCAAACACUUAUGUCACUUAAAUAACUGGUUCAGUCAGUAUAGUAAUUAGUGGAAAAUUCGUAAGAGGGUGACCUGUUAGUAUUAGUGCAAGAUGGUUAUAGGGCUUCAUGUUUGUCUGCAAAGUUAGGGUGCAGGUAACUUGCAUUCACACUGGCACUUAGAAAUUGUCUUUCAGCAUGUUAUCAUUUUUAUCCAUGAAACUUGAAAUUUUGUAAGGUUUAUGGCUGGUGUAUUGAAUUGGAAUAAUAAAAUGAAUUGUUGCUCAGA